AGGUAAUUUUCUGUGUUAGCUAUGACCUGGUUCUAUGACGAGCACUAUGUGAAUAGGGGUUGGUAUAUCCUUUGAAGGAUGGAGCCUCAACCCUUCUUAACUAUCAAUUGCUGAACGGAGCUAAUUAUCAAUAACAAGAAGAUUGAACAAGGAAAGAACCAAGAGAGCCAACAAUGUAUUAUGUUAUAGAACAAAGACGGAUAACAGGAUUAUCUUCGAACGAAAGUAGACUGCGAGAUUGACAUAUAAGCGCUGCAUUUCACGACUCCAUUUUUCCGACUCCCAGCUAACCAUUCCAUUCACCAUCUCUAGAACACUUAUUCCUACAAAUCCAGUAUUUAGUCGAAGUAAGUGUUCUUCUAGAAACUUGUUUUCGGCUAAAGCUUUCGCAGAACCUACCACCGUAGGUACCGAAACCCUUCUUUCAAGGAACCACAUCGUCCGCCAUGUCUUCCGACAAGAGCCAGAACCGCGCCAACAUGCGCCAAGCAUCCGAGCAGGACUCGGGAUCUGAGGACAGGGGAACUGUUUUCACGGGCGAGACCCGCGUUCCUUUCCGUGACCGCCUAGCCGCUAUGCGACAAGGGGUUCAGGAACGCUCUCUAGAGCGCCGCCGCUCGGGAUUCCUCCCGCUCGCGCUCCAGGCCAUGCCUAGCCCAUCCCCACCUCCCAGCCCUCGUCCCCGACGUACAACCCGCCCGGACAGUCCCUUCCCCAUUGCUCGUCAGGAUCGCGGUACUAACCGACCGACUCCUCUCAAGCCCUCGGGAUCUGCUGCUCCCAGGAAGUCCCCGAACCUGGAGCGCGUGGCCAAGAGCAAUGAAGACUGUAGUUGCGACGACACUAUCCUUGAUCGUCGUGCGAUGAAGAAGGACGAGGCUGACAGCCAGCGGGACUUAUCUAACCGCGCCAACCGCCGAUCCCGUCACGGUUUAACGGCGCCAAGCUCGCCGUCCCCUCUUCGGGCGAGCUUUAACGCGGCGCAGAUGGCUAGCCUGGGGUCUGAUCUCCAGGCUAUGCUAGACCUGCACGAGAAGAAGGAGAAGGAGAAGAAGGAGCGAAAGGGUGAAGACAGGGAGUAAGUGAAGUCGGACGUGUAAGAAUUGAGUAGUGGAUUGAGGAAUGGUGUCCCCAUACCCGUACCCCGUUGCAUUUGUUUUGACUUACCCACAUAACCCCUAGCCUACGCUGCAUACCUACCUAGGUAUAAAAUAGGUGUUUUGUUUAAUAUCGCGUUAGAGAACCCUCCGCGCUCGUUACGGAAGUGAGAAUCGGCUUGAUGUCGUUUCUUUCUUUCGGCUUAAUUUUCCUUUGUUAAGAACACCCACUUACGUACCUCGUAAGUUGAUAGUAUUAGAAAAGAACAAAAAAAGUUGAAAAAUAAAAGGCAUUGUAUUUAUGCCUACCGGCACUGACCGGUAGACUGAAUACAAUGUAUAAAACCCAUCUGCGCAAUCUUAUAAACCUAUGCUUAAGUGAUAUGUGCGAAAAAAAGACGCUCCCGCCUAUUCCAUUAUGGAAAAAACUGUGUUCGAUCGUGAAUAGUUCGGCGAUGGCCUUAAUAUAUGAAUGUUGCAAGUAAGAAACAGAGUGAACAACAUGAAAGAG